CGCCGAAACUGAGUAUCACGUGCGAAUUAUCGUCAGAAAUAUCAAAGACGAGUGUCGCGCGUUUGUUGUGGCGAAACCAUCGUCGACUGGUCAUCGAGAUGUAUCUCGCGGGACGAGCCGACAGAAACGUCGAGAGAGAUGGUGACCGUACGAUCGAGAUGAUAAGUGACGGUUAUACGAUAGCAAUACGGAUUUUGAAUCACUGUGCUUUAUUCUGUCGAUCAUCGAAACAAAAUUUCACGCGUGGGUCACCACCGGUAGUGGCGAUUACUCAUUACAGGGAAAUAGAUAAUACUCUGUCAGUAUCUCGAAUGUAGGAAUUAUCUCGAGCGUAUUUAACGUGUCUUGCGACACCGUCGAAAAAAUGGAGCUCUGUGAUUGGACGUUGCGCGCUGCGUCGAGCGAAUCACUGCUUAGAGAAACGCCAAGCGUUCGGUCAGUUUCGGAACCACUUGCGCAUAAUACUUCGUGUCCGACGGGUCGUUCUGUAUAUCUCGUGAUUCAUCUGCGAUGAAUUUCGCGCGCAAAUCGUCGAGAGUGCUGAAAAUGUAAGUCGCGCGUUCGUUGUGAUAAAAUCUCAUUGGAUGCAAAGAAAGCGAGUCUCGCUCAACGGAAGUCAGGAAUGUCGAGUAUUAUAUCGGAUAUUCGUUAUUCAAGAUAUUCUGAUGAAAGAAGAUCUCGCGCCCACUUAUCGCGGAGACUGUAAGGCACUUAUUCUAGGAAAACAGAUAAUGUCCUCUUAAUAUUUCGAGCGUCGGAAUUGUCUCCGACAACUUGACCGCGCAUUUCGAUUGGCACCACUUCUGAAAAACAGGUAGAUCACUGUGAUUGGUCGGCGCGAGUCUUGAGAAAUCGCGAUCGUUGUAAUGUUCACGCAGUUUCGAGAAGGAUCGCGCGCGGCAGUUCGACAAGUCGGCCCGCAUUUCCCGCGACUUCGACUGGCGAGUCUCGCGUGCGAAUUAUCGCCGGAAGUGCCGGAAAUAAGUGUUGCGUGUUCGUCGCCACCGAAUAUCGUCGUCGAGAGUGAAUCGAGUCGUGCCCAGUCGGGAGUGCCGAGUGAAGUGUCGAAUGUUCGUUACACAAUGGCGGCACGGACUUCAUAUUGCCGCGUCUUUAUGCUUCCGACUUGUGCGGAAGUUUCGCACGUGAGUUAUAUCGUCAACAGCGUCGAAGCGAAGUUUCGUGCUGUGGCGAAAUACCGUCGAACGAACGCGGGCAGUGAAUAUCUCGCGAAAAUCAGCCGGUCAUCCGCUGUAUGAAGAAAUACGUCGCCGCGUAAUGGCAGUUCCAAAGUUGAAGCUGGUACCCUCCGAUCCGCUGAAAGAGAAAACGGGGGUAGCCUCGGACGUCGUGCACACGGCAGAACGGAACACGGCACUCGGGCAAGCGAACGAGCGAGCGAGCGAGCGAGCGAGCGAACGAUCGAACGAACGCGGGGGAGGCAGCCAGGAGCGGCAGCAACAGCAACGAGCAGCGCUUCGCGGAGCGCCGCAAUCGACGAUGACAACGCGUGUCGCCCAGUGAGGAGCUGUCUCCGAGCUCUCCGACAGCCAAGAGGAUGCCACGGGGAGAGAGUCGCUGCCGAAUCGUACCGGGGCGACGCGGCAUUAACGGGAUCUAGAGGAGCGUUCGCUGGGGCGAACCAGAGCGAGAUAAAAGGGGGAGGAGAGCGCGCACAGGACGCGAGCUAAGGUAGAAGACGAGGAGGCGCGGGUCUUCGGGGAAAAUAGGGCGAGACGUGAAAAUAGGAGGAGCGUGAUAAGAGGUGGAGUAUCGGGCGAGAAAGAAAGAGGAGAGAACGUGUCGCUAACAACGAAGAAGACAGAGGGAAGACACGCGACAAGGAGGAGGAUCAUCGUGCGACGUGGUCCUUCAGUUUCCGGGACCUCUCACCGUGGGUGUUUUUACGCGUACGGUCGUGGAUCGAUAGUUUGUGCCGCGGGCUGUUCGUGCCGGACAGAGACGACGAGGAGCGCACUACGUGGAGGACGCGCACGGUCCUCUCGCGUUCAGCCACAACGACCACCCGACCGGCGAGUCACGGGGCCCGUGUCGGUAGGCGGAAGGGAGGAAGUUUCCUGAGGGGCCUAGCUGCAGUGUCGGUCGUCGCGACGCUCGUCAACGUCGCGUGGCCGCUCGGUGACCGGAAGCCCCGGUGAUUUAUGGGGGACUUGAGCGCGACGAGUCUCUUCUCCAGAACCAGCAGCCUGACCAGCCAGAAGCUCAGCGCGACCAGCAGCAGCAGCAGCAACACCUCCGUCAACAUCACCAUCACCAGCAACAACAACCACAACAACAGCAACGUAAACGCCGACGUUAUCAUCACGACAUCCACGAUGCAGGACGAUUUGCUGAUCGAGAAGCAAGCUGCCGGCAAACCGGCUCCGCUCUCGCCGAGCAGCGCGCUCGACACCGUGGCUGGGCAGGACAAGUCGAAGGAUGUGGUCGAGGUGGAGAGCAUCGCCAUCACACCAACGACGCCAUCCUCCACGGAGAAGGACAUCACGUGCAGCACGUCCUCGUCACUGCAGGGCUUCGCUGAUCCCGGCAGAGUGCCCAGUCUUUGGUCCGCGCCGGAUGACAGCGGCUUGCACGCCUUGCCAGUGAAUGGCUCAAUCGCUGCGUUUCAAAACUUCCCGACCGGUGGACCCGCGGGCCUCUUCGCCAGCACUGGCGCCGCCGCGGUCUCUAGCGGCACUCGACGCGCUAUCACAGCUAGUCACAACUUCCCGCAACAACAACAGCAACAGCACGGGAAUGCCGGCGCACCCGCUGGCACCAGGCACGGUGGCCUCCAGGUCUCGUCUGCGCAACAGCAGCAGCAGCAACAACAACAGCAUCAGCAACAGCAGCAGCAACCGCCACCUACGUCUCAUCCGGGCGUCUACCUGCCCGGCAAAGGCUAUGCGGCGUGGUCAGGUGGGCCACAGGCUCCUCAGCAAUGGGGCGCGGGUCCGCAAGCGGCUGCCGCUGCCGCCGCGGUCGCGAGUCCAGCCGGCCUAUCACCCUGGAGCCGCGGCAGAUCCGUGCCGAAUCUACCACCGUUGCAUUCGUCCUUGCACGCCGCCGCUGCGGUGGCGGCCGCGGCUGGUCUUCAGGGUCGCAAGCCGAGCCCGACGUUUCCGGGUCAUCCCGGUCAGGCGGCGCAUCCCUCCUGCAUCAGUCCGGUCAAGUUCCGUCGUAGCACCUCGUAUCCCGGCAAGGGGAACAUCUACCCGCCUCAGCCAGCCCCUACCUUUGAAGUUACCGCCGCCGAGGAGAGAGAUUUGCUGCAGUUGCCGCCAUUCCAGCAGAAGAACCCUUUUGAGGCCAUAUAUAAGAGGAUUCCGCUAAAGGAUCGUAUGACGGCUAAUGGAAACUCACCGUUGGACAACAUGAGGACCUUGGAACACUAUCUGAGCGACAUUAUGCGAGCCGGCGCGGCGGACACCCAGGAACAUCUGAAAGGAUUCAUAAACUGCAACGCCAACACACUGCAAUCGCUCGCACAGCUACACGGUAAAUCUCCGUUCUUCCCGAGUCUCGAGGAUCAGAGCGCUACCUUGCUGGAAGACCCGAAUGCGCCGAGCCAGCUAGACGGUGUCGGAGUCGGCGUCGGAGUCAGCGUCGGCGUCGGUGUGGGUGGCGGCAUCCCCGCGUCCCAAGCUGCGCCGCUCUCAUCGCCGAGCCGGAGCAGUCCACACAGCCAGGGCAGCGAAACUGGCGAACGUUUCUCCAGGAAAGUCUUCGUCGGAGGCCUGCCACCUGACAUCGACGAAGACGAAAUUACAGCCAGUUUCCGUCGAUUUGGUCCCCUGGUAGUGGAUUGGCCGCACAAGGCAGAAAGCAAAUCCUACUUUCCGCCGAAAGGUUACGCGUUUCUGCUUUUCCAGGACGAAGGCUCGGUGCAACAGCUGAUAGAUGCCUGCAUUCAGGACGAGGACAAGCUCUACUUGUGCGUGAGUUCGCCCACGAUCAAGGAUAAGCCUGUACAAAUUAGACCAUGGCGACUUAGCGACGCUGAUUUCGUGUUGGACGCAUCCAUGCCACUGGAUCCACGAAAGACUGUCUUCGUUGGCGGCGUGCCUCGACCUCUCAAGGCCGUGGAGCUCGCUAUGAUCAUGGACCGGCUCUACGGCGGUGUCUGUUACGCCGGCAUAGACACCGAUCCUGAACUUAAGUAUCCCAAAGGAGCCGGAAGAGUCGCCUUCAGUAAUCAGCAAAGCUACAUCGCUGCCAUUUCGGCCCGAUUCGUACAGCUGCAGCAUGGCGACAUUGACAAAAGGGUCGAAGUCAAACCGUACGUUCUGGACGAUCAGAUGUGUGACGAAUGUCAAGGUCAGCGUUGCGGUGGCAAGUUUGCGCCAUUCUUCUGCGCCAACGUCACCUGCCUGCAGUACUAUUGCGAGCACUGCUGGGCGACUAUCCACUCCCGGCCAGGUCGGGAGUUCCACAAGCCACUGGUGAAGGAGGGAGCGGAUCGGCCUCGGGCCGUACCUUUCCGCUGGUGUUAACCCCAGCUGCGUUGUCCCUAAUUAUCUCGCAGCCCUAGCUAAUUAACUACCACCUCUAUACCAAUACCCUCCUCCCUCCCCUCACGUGCCCCCAAACCCACGCCCUACCCACCCUUAUUACUUACUUACUUACCUACAACAACAAGAACACAGCCUGAAAACCGCUAUUAAUACUAUUACCACUCGAUCGUCACUACAACCACUACUCUACUAUUACCACUAUUAUUACUACUCUACUACUACUAUUACUACUACUACUACCACAACUACUAUUCUACUACAAAUUACUACUACUACUACUCCACUGCUACUACUUCAAGUUGUACCGGUUACUGGACGAAGAAAAAGCCAGCCGAUGCCUCUCGGCGUCGAUCCGACCUACGACCUGCGACCCUGCCUGCGACCUCGCAUCCGCAACGACUCGCUAAUGCGAACGUCCGUCGCGACUGUUACCAUCGUCAUCGUCAAGCCGGAUUUCGCCUGUCAACGUAACGGCGAUUUCGCUUUCCUCAGCAGGAGAAGACACGGCGGGGAAGCGAUCGGGUCUGCGCCGAGCCGACAUCGUCGCCGGAAGAAGAGAAAGAGAGAGAGACAACACACACCGAGACCAGGACAGAAGAGAACGGAUACGGAUUCUCAGUAUAUCGAUUACUCGUACAUAUAAUACUAUCUGUCUGCGCUGUCUGUAAAAUGCACCGGUUCUGUCCGAGAUCGAGUAUCUUAGUUACCGCGUCUCUCGAGGAGCGAGAGAGGGGGAGGGGGGCCGCCCUCGCACACGCACCCCGCCGUCGAGUCGGCCGAUCCUCCUCGAGUGUUUUACGAAGUCGCCAGCGCGAUUUGUGCGAUCCGGCUUGGCCUUCUCGCGUGUCCGUCUCUGUCCGCGCCACGGACGGCGCAGGCUUCCUCGUCACGAUCGCUUCUCCUCCGAGUUUGUCCGCCACGUCCUCCGAGAACCAGGAAGACGUCCCUUCUCGCAUCCGCCACUCCUGAGGUCCACUCUUGUUUAGUUCGCGGAGUGCGACCUGGAUGGCAGCGAGCGGCUUCCCGGCGAUCGGAGCGCGUUUCCCAACAUUGUUCGCGCGAAUUCGAACGAAAGCACGCGCUCCGAGCGCGGCGGUAAGUCGCUCCGCGCGACCGACGAUCGUAAGAAACGCGAGUACCUGAUCUGACGCGAAAGUGUGUUGCCAGUGUGAACGAAUGAGCGAGAGAGAACGGGAGCGAAAGAAAGAAAGAGAGCAAGAUCGAGAGCGAGAGUCGAGCGAAAGAGAUAACGAGAAUGCAAAGAAACGAGUGCAGUGGAGGCGUGAGAGGAAGCAACGAGAUCGAAAACGACGCGCGGAGAUGUGGGGCGUCGGCUGGAAUCUCGAAGGAGAGUGACAGGGAGAGGAUGCGGGGAGACGGUACACCGAGAGGCGUACCGCGUUUCGCAUUGGAUGUUAAUCAAUAAUGAAAAAAAAAGCCACGCUUCAAACCGCUGUGUAUUAGGUAAUUCUCUGUAUCACACAUAACAUACACAUACACCCAUAUAUACAACACACACACACGCAUAUAUACAACACAUACACACACACACACACACACACACAUAUAUACACACAGAGAGACACAGACAGACAUACACAUAGUCUCUAGUUAUUAAGAACUUAUUAAAAUAUGUUACAUAGGUGCGUUGUGUAAUGCGUUUCUCGCGCGGAUAACGCGACCGCGCUCGUAAGGAGACAUUUAAGAAGAAAUGAUUUUUUACUAAUUAACUUAUUCGAGUGCGAGAGCGAGAGAGAGAAAAUGAGAGAAAGGACGAGCGAACGAAUGAAAGAGAGCGAAAGAGAGAAAGAGAGAGAGAGUGAAAGGAAGAGGGGAACAGAAAAGGAAAUAUCGAAAGUGGAAAAUAAACAAGGAAGAAACGUAAAAUGAGGCAAAUUAAGAGUCUAGAGAAGAAAAAAGGAACAAACCAAUGUGUCACGUAGACGACGGAAGAAGGGUUGUAAACGGAGACCAUUGAAACAGAUAGUUCAAUUUUCGACGCACACGCGUGCGCGCGCGCGCGCGCGAUAAAGAGAAAGAGAGGAAGAAAGAGAGCGUGAGCGGCCGUGUGCGUCCGCGCGACGUUCCGUACGGACAUGCUCCGGGUUGUCCAGGCCUGCCUAUGUCAGCCGUACCGGAUUCUCUGCCAAUACUUUCCAAACCGGUGCGAGCAGCGACCUUACUCACGAGCCUUCGCGGGAAAAGAAGGGAACGUGCGAGGCGAACCUCUCAUGCCGCGUCUCUCGCUCUCGGAGAGCAGAGUAGAGGACAAGAGAGUAGAGAGAAAAAGAGAGAGGGAGAGGGACAGAGAGGGUGGCCGCUGCUCGCGUCGCGAAAAAAGAGGGACGAAGGCCGCGGCUCCUGUGCGCGAGAGUGAGUAGGAUAAAUUUUACACCCUGACUUUACUACUAUUACUAUUAUUAUUAUUAUUAUUAUCACGUGUGUGCAAUAAACAGUCACUCUCCGUACCGAUGGAACGGUCAAUCGGCUCGAGAUCUCACGAUGAUGAUAAAGCAUGUGAGGUGAUGUACAAAAGAAGAUACGAGUGCCCGGAAGAGACGGGUGUCUUGGAGAAAAUGUUCGAUAUUGCAUGUCGAGCUAAGCUUAGUCGUCGCGUGCCGACAGAGAUACAUACCCGAGUGAAGAACGAUCGGGGCGCUGGCUGGAACGUAUCGAAUAUUCUACGUCUGAGCCCGUACGUUCCUCUUUUUUUUCGAUAGAACGACGAGCGGCGCGCGGAUCUUUCUUCCCCGCGACGGACGAGACCACGCGCUCGAUCUCUCGACCGGGCGAAAGGGAGCGUGUCACGUGCCGGGAGUACCGUUCUCAAAACCAAAGUAGCGAUCGACCGCGACUCGUAGGCGGUGGAGAGAAAAAAAGGAAAAAUGAAAUACAGCGAUAUAUCUCUCUAGAGAUCGUACCUAACUCUUACUCUUCAUACGUCCGAUAGAUGUGGGGGAGAAAGUGUAUGUGUGUGUGUGUGUGUGUGUGUGUGUGUGUGUGUGUAUGCACGCGUCCGAGGGGUCGCGUUUCGUGCGAAACACUAUAAUUAGAUUCGUAUUAGAGCCGCAUGUUGUCGCUCCUUGUACAUACCGACACCGAUCCCCCCUCCUUGCCCACCACUUUUAACCGAUCAAUUAAAUAACCGGCAACUUAUUGAUCGCGCGACCGAAUGUGCACGUUUUUCUCUUAAUCCCUACAAGCAAACGAACUUCUUCGCUCGGUGUAUAUAAUCAAACGCAAUGACGCAAUCGCCGUUAGUUCAAAGGACAGAGAGAGAGAGAGGGGAGAGAUAUGUGGGGUCCGUGAGAAAGCGGAAAAAAGCUCAAACGGGGCGCGCCGUUCCGCGGUUUUUAUUCCUCGUAGGGGAGUUCGGAGUGGCGAGUCGAAAUAGCAAGUCGGAUAAUCGGUGAUCUUUUUAAAGCGUGACGCUUCCUACCACGCGUCCUUCUUUAAGGUGGUGGAGACGGAGACUCCGGCAGGUCUAAUCAACGAUUUUUCGACGCGACUUUUUGCCCAUUACGAAAGAAAAAAAAAAAGGAAAAUAGAAGAAAACACAGCUUCCUGAGACGUGUACGAUUCGUCGCCGUUAGGAUCGCGUCGGUGGGCGACGAGCUCGCGAUCUCCGACUCGUUGCCGCGCGCGUUCGCAAGAACGUGGAGAUCCGGCCUCGGCGAUGGCGCACCGAUUUCGAGAGACAAAAAUGCCCGGUUAAUGAUAUCUUUGAUAUUUUUAGGAUACUUUUGAUAACUAAUUAGUAGGCAGCAGGCUUUAGAGCUAAUACCGAAUCACCUUUCAACGACCCUUUUGUUGUGUAAAAAGGCGUCUCACAAUACUUCCGACAAUAGGCCGGGCCGUUCCGUCGCGACGGGAUUCUUCUCGCAAGAGAAAGAAAGAGAGCACGAGUGAGAAUGUGUGUGUAUGUGUGAAAGAAAGAGAGAGAGUGUGUGUGUGAGAGAGAGAGAAAGGAGGAAGAGGCAAAGGUCGAGGACUAGGAAGCGUUGUGCUCGGAAUUUGUAUGCAACGUUGUGCGUUCCGCUUCGUAGAUAAAAAAAGACAUAAAACCGCAUAGCAGCAGCAACAGUCGGAAGACAACGUAGUUGACCUCGCAUGACGAGUCUCUUUCGCGAUACUUUUCUUCUACACGCGUAUCGGUCUCUUUGUACACACGCAUAUACGAGUACGUGGACGAGCACGUGCAUAGGUAGCGGACGAUAUCAUGAUCGCGUGCGGAAACACACGUAAUUUAGACAGAACAUACAUACAAACAAACACACACACACACACACACACACACACACACAGAUCCAUGUGUACACUUACAGGCGAUUAUACGACCAACGGAUUACGAUAUACGUUGCGUACGAAUCUAACGAGGAAAGGACAAAAAGAAGUAAUUUCCACAUCUAUAUAUACACAUAUAUAUUUAUUUUUUUGGUACUCCUUUUUGUAUAUACUAUCUUGUCUCGCCGUGUAGAGAUUAGGCGGCGUUUAGGACACCGCAUGGGGAAACGCGUUUUAUAGAUGGAAAGUGUGCGGAAGUGUGCGGAGGAAAAAACGAGAAUUAGAGAGAAGCGCGGCCGCGUUCAACGACGACCCUCCGUCCCUUCGUCUAAGACACGUUAUUCGGCCCGCGAAGACACGAAGACGCGUGCGCUCAACGUGGACGGGAGUCGCGUCGUAAAGGAGAAAAUAAUAAGGUAGCAAAAUGUGAGAGAUAGAAUACGGCUGUAGAGAGCGAGGGGAGAGAACAGAUGAGGAAGAAAGUAGUUCUCGUCGCAGGCCUCUUUUGACUCGCGUUCCGACUAAGCAUUGGCAGAGACCGAAGAUGACAUCCAACCGUGACCGACCAAUAGAUCGGAUCGAUCGAUCGAUCGAGUCUAAUCGGAAGACGCGGGAGAUGAUAGAUAGAACGAUAAACGAAUAUAGCGGGAAUAUGUAGGGUUGAGUAGAGUCCGAGCAAGAGACUCGUCGAGUGCGUGUCACUCGCGCUAAGGGUUUCUCGAGGUAGGGAACGGGGGAGAGGGCUAAAGGAGCAAGCGCGCAUUAGGUAUAAUUGUACACAUAUACAUAUAUUAGUUGAUAGAAGGAAUAUAUUGAAUUUUUCUAUUCGUUGCUAUCGCAAUAUUCUAAAUAGACAAUUGAUCGUUUCUUACGCACUCGACGAAAGUUUUCGUAAAUCUCGACCGAGAGAGAUAGAGAAAAUGGAGGAGUAGGAGGAGGAGGAGGAAAAAAAAAGAAGAAUCGAGUUUUAGAAAGAAGACCACACUUAGGGCGACUUGAAAAAGAUCGCGAGAAUGGGGGGAGGGCAAAGAACGCGACGAAGUAGCGCGAGGUAAGGCGAGUAUUAGUUAGCGCAAUUUUACAUACGAGCCAUCGUUCUUGUAAAUCGUGCGAGAGAGAGGGAGAGAUAGAAGAAGUGAAAAAGGCAGAGAGAAAGAAAGCGAGCGAGCGAGCGAACGAGAGAGUGUGAGAGUGGCAUAAUCUGUGCGGCACACGCACAGUGGAAGCGGAAGGUAGCGGAAGUAAAUGAAUUAAAACGCGACCGCGAUAGUAUAUAUCGCGUGUGUUAUCGCGGACAUAAAUUUAUAUAUAUACAUAUAUGUAUAUGAAGCGCCGGUGUGAUCGCGCGCAAACCUGCACGUGCGAAUUGUGCGUGCGCGCGGACCGGUUCCAUAUAUUAGGCGAAAAAUUUUCUCAUCCCACAUUACGCGGGCACCAAGUACGCGUCGCCUAAGACGCUCGUGCGCCGCCACAGGUACACAAACAAACAAAUAAACACAUGCAUAUGCACACACGCUCGUAUGCAUUAGGAGCAUAUGUGUACGUACGACACAUGCAGGACACUUACACGCAUACACAGGUAUACACAUAUACAUAUACACACGUACACGCUCUCCACUAAUCGAUCGAUAUAAUUGUAGCAAAUCUUAUCUAGGUACCAAUUCACCUAAAUCAAUUGAUAAUUAAAAAUAUAUAUUGAUAUACAUAUUAUAUAUAUAUAAAUAUAUAUUAUAUAUAGAGAGUAGCGUCGUGUUCCAAUACUUGAGCAAGCGAGUACUUGGACGAGGACCGUGACCGAUUUUUCUAGACAAAUUUUUCUAAUGUUCAAAAAAGGAUAAAACAUGCAAAAAAAAAAAGGAGAAGCGAGCGAGAAAGGAGGAUAAGACGUGUUGCCCCCCCGUCACACACGAAACAUUGCUUCGUAUCCUGGCCUCUUGCAGGAUAUAUAACCUUACAGGAGCGCGAAGACACGCAUAAUCCUGAUCGACACACAGCCACACAUGCGUCAUGCCAUAACAGUGCAGCGCGAUACACGCGGCAAACCGCAAAAACCCAGCCUCGAGUACACGAUUUUCUUCAAGCCCCAAUUAUAUUCCGCCACGCAUACACGUGUGCGCGCACGCACUCACACACACGCACACAUAUAUACACACACACAACCUACAUACACACACAAUCGAGUCAAAUAUUUUUUUUAUGUUGCAACAUUAAUGCACGAAGAGAGCGUAAAGAGGUUCUCACGAAAAUACGACUUUCUUUUCAAAUUAAUUACCAUCCUUCACACGCGAUGCAAUAAACACACACCCACACAAACACACGCAUGCACACGCACCGCGCGUUCUGUACUCUGUGUGAAUUGCGGUCGUGUCUCUUUGGAUAUAGAUGUCUAGCUAAAUGUUCAAUCUCGCUGUGUGUACUCGGGUCGUCUCGCGGGUUUCGAUCCUACCCCUCCCCGCCCCGAUUGAUAAUCACCGCUCCCCCAUCUGGGGUUCACUGGUCCCCCCCGUCCCCUCCCUCCACCUCCCGCUUCCCCGGCAUCGUGUACCUCUUUGUGCGAGACACUUAUUUUUGUGCUAGCGAAUUAAGGCGCAACGAAGGGGGAAAGAAGCAAUAGCUGUAAUUCCGUGUAAAAGCGCGCGACGAGCAGCAGAGCGAGAUUUUCGAAAACCGGCCGAAACGAUCGGCUGUCUCCGGGCCGCGGACGCGGAAGCGAGUUGGAUUGUAGUCGGACGGCCGUAUCCCUCCAGCCCCCGGUAUAUUCGGGAUAAUCCCAAAUUUCUACGGAUCCCUGUUACGACGUGGCAGAUCCAACGAUCCGAUCAUUGACGUCCCGUCAAGUUUUUGUCGACGGGACACGAGAGGCUGCGGUCGUCUCGCCUAUAAUCUCACCGCGAGUUGUCCCGCAACCCUCGAUUCCCGCAAAUCUCCCGAAGAGAGAAAUAGAGAAACAGAAAAGGAGAGAGAGAAAGAGAUAAAGCUUGCUCAGAAUUGUCCGUCGCGAAACGCGUCGAAACACUCAUGUCGCACCGAUCGUCGAGCCGUCGUGUUUCGUGCGUGCGGAUCGCGCCACGCGAACACAUAUCACUUGCGGUCCACUUGCGGUGGAUAAACGAGGAUCGGUCAUCGGGUGAGGCUGGAAAAACGGAAAAACGCGCGAACAAGGAGACGGACUUGCCCGUCUCGGGACGCGCGAAUGUCGCGUAAUUUUCCGCGGUAUCCGUUCACGAACGAUCUCUCGCUCGUCGUCGAACGGUGCGCGGUCGCGCGCCGUCGCGAGAGGAGUCCGGGAGACAUUUCACGGAGGUGUCGAUCUAACAGAGGAAAUCAAUCGUGAUGCGCUCGGUAGAAACUGUACGGCGGACGCGCCACGUCGUUCCGCGUCCUUUCGUAGGUAGAUCUCUCUCGUUAGUUUUAGGAUACAUUCAUUUUCUGUACUUGUUAAUUUUUCGUGUUCGGUUAUCACAUUUAAUGAUACACAUAGUUGCGUGUAUUCUUUUCUGUUUUCUUUUGUUUUUUUUUUUGUGAUAUUUAGGAUGAAGUUACAGCUAGUGUGAUUGUUCUUGCUUUAUCGAGCGACUUCAGGCUUUUUCUUAUUUUAGCGUAUAUGGCCGAUGAAGGGAAUGUGAUUUGCCGCGGUACUGCCGGAACGCGCGCCGUCUUAGGACCGUUGUAUGACGAUUACAGAAAUUUGUUUGCACUAAUGAGACGCGCCCCGCGACUCUUAUCAUUCUGAGCGGUAGAUCGUUUGUGAUUAUCGACAGUUAUCGACGUAGAUUUUGCCGUAAGCAAUCGAGAAUCGGACUACGAGAUUUCGGAUUGACCACGCGUCGAGAAAGGGCGCGAGUAGACGUAGGGAAGUGACAAAACGGCUGAACGACGCGACGCGGUAACGUUGUACGCGCGUAUAUACCUUCACACAUUUCUAUUCACGCACGCAUUACAUUACACAACAUACACAUAUACACAUACAACAGGAACACCGUCAAACGCCUCUGCAAGCGUGGCGCGCAAUGGAUAGAAUAAAGAAAAUAAAUACAAACUCUACAUCCGUAACGGAGUUAACGUUUGAGGUACACCAGUAAACAACAAAAAGUAACACACAAACAAAAUAAUAAUAAUAUGUUAGGUGUGAUUCUUCACCUCCUUUGUAAUAUGUGUGAUAAAGCAUAAUAUAUAUAAUAUAAUGACAAUUAUAUAUAUAGAUAUAUAUAUUAUAUAUAAAGUACUAAUAUAUAUAAUUGAUAAUAACGAUUAUAUAAAAUAUAUCUAAUAUAUUGUGACAAACUUUGAGGAGGGAAGAGAGAAAGAAAGAGAGAAAAAGAAUGGAAUUAGGCAAUGGGGGAUAUUGUGCAACGCGACAGUAAAAAAAAGCGGGAUAUAAAAGCACGUGAGGACGCGUAGCGAGAUGCGAGAAGGGUGCGAUUAUUAAGCAUGCGAUUAUUACCCACCCUUUCGCGGACACGCGUGGCAUGCGAUCACACACGUGGGAUAGUGAGAAGAACGAUCAGGUUGGACACAUCGGUUCGCGGCUCAAGCGGACCGCUAUACCACUGUCGUUCGGGUUAUGGCGUGUAUAGUUGAAGUCGUACGUAACGGGAGAAGUGAGAAUAAAAAGGAAAAACACACAUUGAUAAAGAAAAAAAAAACGUUGGAGGGAACGAAUAACAAUGGUAGUCAUUUACGAUAGAUUUGUAUUUUUCAGUGUUGAAAAGUUUUUUAUACCGCUGUUAUAUUCUUGUCUAAAUAUCUUAGUUCAGAGAAGUUACAUGAGUACGUGUGUGCGUGCGUGUGUGCAUAUGUGGGCGCGCGCGCCGUAUAUACGUGGUUGUUCCGUGCGUCUGUGUGCGCUUGUGUGUGCGUGUGUAGGUGUAAGUGCGAGUGAGUGAAUGAGUGAGUGAGUGAGUGAGUGAGUGAGUACAUGCGUGCGAACAAGAUGGUGCGUCGCGAAAGAAUGCGAAAGUAAGCAAGGGAGACCGAAGUGAUCUUAGUGAGAAAGUGAAGAGUGCCGAAAGAGAAACGGAUAAAGACGGCCGGGUGAUUCAUCACCCUCGUCGACGACGACGAUCGCGCUCGAUCGAAGGGUCGACGAGAGAAACAGUGUGCGUAUGCGUGAGUUAUCAGCGGAGACGACGCGAGGAUUUGUGUGUGACCAUUGUGAUGCGACGAACCGUGAUCUUCGAACGAAAUCAAGGUCGUUGGGGAGGAAGAGAGGGAGGGAGAUCGCGAUGGCGAUUAAAGAAACCGAGGGAAGCAGAAAACUAACGAUUCGUACGAUCCCUCGCGAUGAGGACUUGCCUUCCCUCGAGAGACGUCUUCUCGUGAGUUCGACUGAGCGAAGGCGAUCUCGAAGCGAGAGGAACGACGGAGAUCGUCAAUUAGUAAAGCCAUUCGCGCGAAAGGAACAUAAACAGAGCGUGUAUUAGAGUGAGAAGAAGAGAAAGAGAGGGAGAGUGUGUGUAUGUGCGGGAGAAAAUGAGGGUGCGAAAGAGAGAGAGAGAGAGAAAGAGAGCGAAAUGGAAUAGCGAGAAAUGUGUGCGACACGUACAUAGGAUCCUAUACUGCUUGAUUAUUAAUGUGAAAGAAUCGUAAACCGCGUACACCUCCUGCUCACCCUCUGAUGUACCGUUUUCCGAGAGUACGGUUUAAUUAAUUUUUAUUUUUUUAAAUAAAGUUAUUAUAUAUAUACAUACAUAUAUAUAUAUAUAUAUAUAUACAUAUAUACAUAUAUCCUUAUAUAUUUUACGACGCUAGACGAAUCUUGAAGCGUUUGUGUAAAUAAGCGACAGAUUUUUCUUCGUUCUCUGUUCUUUCGUUUUAUACGCGUAUUAUGCACACAGGGAGACACACGUGCACACAAGUAAAUUACGCGUACGCGUAGCUGGUUCGACGUGUAGCGGUAACAACGAUCUAACCCACUUCUCGAGAGAGGAUUUCACAAAAGGACUAAAUUUAGAUCGAUUUUCUCGCGUUCUCUCGACAAAGUGGGUCGUUACGCGCAGAACUUUUCACAUUUGCGCUCAAACAUCGCGUAUACACACAGAAAUAUACACACACACACGCAUGCAGAUUCGAGGUCGAAGUCUCGCUGUCGACGUGGGAGUCGGCGGGCGACUCAGCGCGAUCUCGUCGUGUCGCAACGAGAGAUGUAAUGACUUUUGUAAAUUUUUUAAUGAGGCAUCUCGCCCGUCCACGCGGCCACACACGCGCGCAUACGCAUGCGUGUAUGCCCGCGUGCAUGCACGCACGUCGGACCGGUUUAACGAGAUUUCGGCUUCGAACUGUAGGUGCCUUUUUUUUUUUUAAUUUAUCUUCGACGACUCGAGACGCCUUCGUCUUUUCCCGCUUUAUGAAUUCACGUCGUCAUCGCCGUGUUGCGAAUGCACGACGACGACGACGACGACGACGACCACCAUCAUCAUCGAUUCUUACUGUUAGCUCGAGGUAUUCCGCUACUAUCGACACUACUACUGCGAUUCACUGCGAGUAUCACUAUGAUUAAGGUUAUUCGUAUGUCUCUAUUAUUACGAUGAUUAUUAUUAAUUACGAUUAUAUUAUCGCCGUCACUAUUAUUACGAUAGAGUCACUACUGUAGACAUUUCGACGUACCAAAGAAGCAAUCGGAAUACGUAUACACCGAAAACUCACAUACACACGUACACACGCACACAGAUUUAUACGCGCAGUCGUACACACAUACGCGCGCGCGUGCAGACUCUUAGAAGACGGAUAUGGUCGGAAGACUCGAACCGAUCGGAAAGCCGUGACGAGAACACCUCGCUAAACAUCGGAACCCAAUCGUAAUUACCCUCUCGUACGAUUCCAGCUCUUUUCCUGUCGCUCCGAGCGACGAAAUCCUCGCGCGAGAUCUCGAGAUUUCGAGAGCCCGUUAGCUAAUGAACGAUAAUAUGGCUCGAAAACCACGCAUUCACGCGUUACAAAGUUAGAAAA